GUGCAGUGCGCCGAGCCGGACGGAGACUGAGGACCGCCUGCAGCUGCGAGACAGGAGCGCACCGGAGUGCUGACGUGAUGGCCUGGUAGCCUGCAGCCGGCAGCCGAGGACUCCGCCAUGCUGGUGCUGUGCUACGUGCUGGGGGGCGUGGCGCUGCUCGUGCUCACGCUCUACCUCACGCUCGAGUUCCACUACUUCAUGCGCAUGGCCAUCAGCGUCCUCAUCGCCAGGUUCUUCAAGUCAAAGGUCGCCAUCCUCGACGAGACCUACACCUAUGGUGUGUGCCUCACGACGGACGUGGACACGCUGCUAUUCCAUAUGAACAACGCGCGCUACCUGCGCGAGCUGGACUUCGCCCGCGUCGACUUCUACGAGCGCACCGGGCUGUACCGCAAGAUCCGACAGAAGGGAGGCGCCGUUGUCCAGGGCGCCUGCACCAUCCGCUACCGCCGCUUCGUGCGGCCCUUCUCCAGGUUCAAGAUCACCUCCAAGGUGAUCUACUGGGACACCAAGUCGGUGUUCAUGGAGCACCGGUUCAUCACGCCCAAGGACGACUUCGUGCGCGCCAUCGUGAUCUGCCAGCAGCGGGUCAUCAACUGCAACGCGGAGGAUAUCAUCAGCGAGCUGCUGGGCGCCAAGGACGAGGAGGUGGGCAGCCGCAAGCCGCCGCUGCCCCUCGAGGUGGCCAAAUGGAUCGAGAGCAACGAGAUCUCGAGCGCCAACUUGCGCAACGGCUGCUGACCCCGGCCCGCGGGGGCCUCUCCUGCCCCCAACGGCGUCGCCGCCCCCGAGCCAGAGCGUCCCCCCGUCCCCGCCCCCGA